AUUUUUUCAUGACGUAGCUGUAAUCUUUUUCUGGUAACUAAUGCAGAAUGUGGGAAGUAGCAAUCAAUGGUUGACAAACCCGAAAAUCCCCUCUAUUCCAUUUAUGCCUCAAGAACUAAUUCAAGCUGCAUUUAAGGGAAAUAACUUUUGUUAAUUAAGAAAAAAAGGUCUUUAAAGUCUUUUAGUCUUUGUAUUUACCCUGGAGACGAAUGAUCUAUUUAACUCAUGUUAGGUGGGCAAAAUAAUUGUGAUUAAUUCUGUUAACUUUUUAGAAUAGUUCAGGAAAGACAAUCAUACUGUUCACUCUAAUGAGCAAGAAAGGGCAAUCAAAAUUUAUGCAAUACCGAAUAAAAUCUUAUAUCCUAAAUGAUGAUGUUUCUUUCUGUAGUUACAGAAGUAUCAAUGCAAAACAUUCUUGAAGAUUCUACAUGUAUCAGUAUUGCCCUGUGAUGACAUCUAGUGUGUCCUCCGCCCCAUAGUAUAACAUUUGUAGGAUAGCUUCCUGGACUGAAUAAGAUAAAAUAGCCCUGUACUCAAUAAUUGGCUAUGGCAGAUUCAUGGAUUAUGUAUACAAAUAUCUUCCUUCUCCACCAAGCAUAUGUCUUUACUAUAAGUUUUUAAAUUGAUCAUAUGCAUAAGUGUUCACCAAAUGUAUGCUAAAGUUUAACAAUCAGCAAUGAAAUACCCCACAGAAGAAUCCCAUUUUUUCCACGACUCUCUCCAUCUCUGUCGGUUCCUCCACUGAUAUCUGUUCCCUCCCCUGCGACUGCAGUCAUGAAGUCCCUGUGGACUUUGCUGCUGCUUCUGUGCACAUGUGACCCAGGAAUGUCCGACUGUCAGCGGGACUGCCUCUCCUGCAGCCUGCUGUUCCCAGAGAAACAAUCCUUCAGCUCGCUGGUUUGUCUGGUGGAGUGCGAGAGCAAGGACUCACCAGCCCUCACUUGGGAACUGUGUAGACAACAUGUGGAGCAGUCGCAUUCAUCCUCCUGGCCAGCAGGUGGCACAAUGCUGAAGAGGGCAGAAGAGGAAGUGGCAGCCGUAUUGCCUGCUAACCAGGGAGAUGGUGGGCUGUUGUACUCUGAGGCCCUGCAACGCUUCGACCAUGUGGCGCGGGCAUUGGGAACAGCCCAGCUUAGUGCCUCAUAUGGGUCCCAGCAACAUGGGUCUGAAGAAGAGGAAAGAACAGAAAUGGAGGAAGGAGCCAUGGAUAAUGAACCCGAGGGGGCAGCCAUCAAUCUCACCAAACGAUUUGGGGGCUUCCUGAAAGGCAAGUAUGGAUACAGGAAGCUGAUGGACCCCAGCAGGUCCAUGCAGAAGCGAUACGGGGGGUUCAUAGGUGUCCGAAAAUCUGCCCGGAAGUGGAACAAUCAGAAACGCUUCAGCGAGUUCCUGAAGCAGUAUCUCGGCAUGAAUACCCGCGCCAGCGAGUUCAACAGUGUAUCAGCAGACAUGAGCCAGCAGAACGAGAUGUAGUGCAUGCGCCUUAUCUGCCAGGAAGUGCUUCACCACUAGCAAUCAUACAGCACUGCAGCCACAGUGAUUACAAGAAUAUAGAAACAAAGUCAUGGAGUCUGAGAGUGUAUAUAGUCAAAGGGCCGCUGUUUUUCAUUUCUGUGUUCGUUAUGAAUGCAUCGUUCAAUUACAGAAGCAAAUGCAUAAUAAAAAAUGAAAUAAAACUAGAUAUUUUUUCUUACGCACCUCAGAUUCUGUCUGUUUUGGUAAGUUCAUCCACACACGUUAUAAAUAUGGUUUGUUUUUGUCCACCUUGGUAUAUAAAGCACUCAUAAAAUAUUUGAAUAGCACUAUCUAUCUAUCUAUCUAUCUAUCUAUCUGUCUGUCUGUCAGUCUCUUUUUAUGGUAGCUGGCUCAUCAUGUGAUCAACAGCAGCAUUUAGAAAAUACUGCAGUUAGAAACAUGCCAUAUUUUUUUCUGACU